AUGGCUUACACACAGAUGAAACAUUAUCUGGACAGAGCGAAAGAGGCCACACAGUCUGACACACGAACACUCGCUGGUCAGGAGAGAUGGCAGAGCCACAGCGAACAUCUGAACCCAUCAACUAUGUGCAUCAGGAUGAAAUCUGGAAAGCGCAUGUAAAGGCUGAGAAACACUCGGCUGAAGUUUGGCCUAACAAGUGGGGCUUCCUGUCUGAAGCCUACAAGGAGUAUGAGGUGGAAAGUGUGAAGCUGAAGAAGGCAGUCAAAGUGGAGCUUCCCCAGCACCUGACUACACGACCUCUGACCCCUCCAGAAAGAUACAUACAUGUUAGCCCCUCACCUCCUGUUCCUCAGACAACUCAGGGCAUGAUUGGUUGGCGUUCAGGUCACUCACAUCUGCAGCUGGAAAAGUACGGCACAGUGCAUCAUGGGAGGCGUAGUUUUUUGAAGGAUUUGGGCUGACCUUUUGUAGCUAUUUGAGUAAAAGUCCUUGGCCACUGUUGUCUCACCUAAUAAAUGACUAAUGGCUGGA